AUGAACAACCAACCGCCAGACCACUUCUUUCCUGGUGCAUAUCAGAUGAACAACACAAAUCGGUCUCCCGGCGCCACGAGGCCCGGCUUCAAUACCACGGCCGGUCUCCCGGGCGUCAAUCGCAUGAACCAGCGCCAGAUGGACGCCGUUGGCCAGACCCCUGUUGCCAUCUUUGCUACCGCCGACGACCGAUUCGGCACCUACGACAGCAAUGCAUUCAGGCACAACAGGAUACCGCCCACGGCGAGCUUCGCCGCGGACAGCUUUGUUGGUAACGCCCAGGCAUGGGCCUAUAACGGCGGCGCAAAUACCGUCAACGGCGUUAUGGGUGACAACAGACUGCGCCAAGGACCUCGCCGGGCGAUCCCUUCAGAAUGGACGAUGCCCGAACAGCCUGCGCUUGGUAGCCAGGCCCUCAAUACCCCGUCGACCCAGUACUCGGCCAUGGCCAACUUCAACAACUCGAUGAACCUCAUGAAUGGCGACGGAAACUUUGCGAAUGACCGCCACGGUUACCCAAGCAACCUGGGCUACGAUCCCCGGCACGACGCCAAGUCGCAGGCUCAGGCACUGGCACUCAGCAGCGACCUCAUCCCCACCGCCAUUGUGAUCAAGAAUAUCCCGUUCAACGUUCGGAAAGAAAUGCUUACGACCAUCAUGUCGGAACUUGGAUUGCCCCAGCCCUACGCCUUCAACUAUCACUUCGACAAUGGAAUCUUCCGCGGGCUUGCCUUUGCCAACUUCCAGAGCCCCAUGGAUACGCAGUCUGUCAUAGAGCAACUUAACGGGUAUGAAGUUCAGGGACGAAAGCUGAGAGUCGAGUAUAAGAAGAUGCUACCCGAACAUGAAAGAGAGCGGAUCGAACGGGAGAAGAGGGAGAAACGUGGCCAACUCGAGGAGCAGCACCAGCCGAUAGCUCCGGGUUUGCACACGCAAACGUCGAUGCAUUCCUUGAACGCUGCCCACACCGCGAGGUCGCGCAACUCGCCAUUGCGAGACGUGGAUCUCAACAACCCCGACACUCUCAGCUUCUACACCGAGUUGACGCUUUUCCGAAGCGAUCCGAACCGUGAGAUCAUCGUGUUCCCGAGCACCAUCACCCCUCAGCAACGGCGGACCGUCCAUAUUUUGGCGCAUAAUAUGGGCCUCGAGCACCGCUCAGUAGGCGAGGGACAGAACAGGCAGCUCCAUGUCGUCAAGGAUACCGGGGCAGCGCCGUCCAUGCACAUGCCAGCCGGCGUGUCGGCUGACGCGCAUCGACGAGGCCUGAGCCGUGCUGCCACGAUCGAUUUCGCCGAGACCCGUGGCAACGCACCAGGUCAAUAUGGAACUCUGGGCAGGCAGGGCAGGCACGGGCCGACUCUCGAGCUCCCGGACAGCCCCGAUGGGGGAAUGAAUACCCUUCGCGGCGUCAAGUCAUUUGCCGACUUGCGCUCCUACACUCCGAGCCCGUCUUUGUCAACGGUCGGCUACCCACAAGGGGGCAACGUUCACGCUCCGAACGUGGCCCAAUACGGAGAAUACAGCGCCAGUCUCGGCGGCCAGAACAGCUCGUUGCCGACCCCGACUACGCCAGGUACUGGGUCGACCAACGAUCCGUCUCUGCUGAUUGACAACCUGGGAGCGAUGUCGCUGGGCGACUCCUUUGGCCCCGGUCGGCUCCGGCCUAGGGAAAAUCCCGGCGCCAUUGGCAGUCAACGCCCCGGAAUGAACGGGACCAGCUCUCGGAGCAUUCCCGAGCGCCAGCCCCACGGGCCUAGCGGCGACUGGGGUGAGGGGAUUGGGGGCUUCGCUGGGCGAGGCCGCACCAACGGUCACAUGCAGCGUGGAAGUGGUAUGUUAUACGUCUGA